AUGUCCGCCAUCGCCUCCUUCGCGCUUGAGUGCGCCCGCUCCGGGCGAUGGGUGCGUGGGCUGAUGGCGCUGCAGGAGCACACCAACUCUACCGAGGCCGCCACUCGACACGCUUGCGUUGCCGUCGCCCAACUCGCCGCCGCGCACUCAUGGGAGGCUGCGCUGUGUAUUUUACGUCCCAUGGACACCGUCCGGCACACACAGGAGGUGUGCAAGACGAUUGAUACCGUCGCCCGGCAUCCGCAGCUGCCAAUUGACGUCUUUGAGGACACGAUAGGCGCGAUGCUGCGAGCACUUGAGGAGAAGGUGAGCAGGGUGAACAACGAGACGGCUGAGAUCUCACACAGUACACCAUCCUUCACAUCCACCAUAACCCCCUCACCACCUUCCACCUCUCCAUCUUUGUCAUCUACUGCCCAACUGCAGCGACGCCUGUUUCUGAGCGCCACGCAGUGGUGCAGCUGGGAGACGGCGACGCGGCUGCUGUCGUCGCUGCCCUCUCCACCUCCACGUGCCUGCGCGGAGCGAGUACACGCCCUGCGUGCACUACGUCACAGUCUUCUACACGAUGUUGGGUCUUUUGCCCAGUGGGCCGGGACCGAAGAAGGAAAGGGACAUAUCCAUCACCAGAGCAAAUCGACCUCGCCGUCUCCUUUACUGGAUGAACCGAUGUCGUCCGUGGAAGAGAAGCUACAGCAGUUAGAGGCCAUCCCUGCUGGCGCACAGCACCACCGGUACUCCGCCCGCGACCGCCGUGAACUCGCGCGCCUAAGAGAGUUACAGCGGCAGGCGCUGCUGCAGCGUGCGCAGGCAGAGGAGGCGGUACUGGUACAACAGGCCUUCACUGCUGUCGCGCCUUCUGCCGUGAGUGUUUGCGCUGCUCUGCGCGCUCUCUCGCGACCACCAUCUGCCACCGUUUCCACCAGUCAGAAUGAAUAUUUAAAGCGGAUGGAAACGGUGCUGUCUCUGGUGCAGGCAUCUCGGCUAACGCCGGAAUUGGCCUUGCUGUACGCACGUGCGGUGGGCCUCGUGUGCCCACAAAGGUGGGCCGAGGCUCUGGCAGUUUUGGACCGCGUUGAAGUUCGAAGGCAAGAUACGCACAACCAGACGAGUGCUGUACUACAAAAGCAAACGAAUUUAUGGCUGAUGAGCCGCGGUAGCUGGGAGGCUGCGUUGAGGGAGCUGCACGACUGGUCUGGCAGCUCCACUACUGGCGCCGCCACAUCGAUGCAGAUCGCACUGGACACGGUGCGACGGACUGCUUUGCCAGCACACUUGCUCUACCGGCUGCAUCCGCAGCACGCGCGGCCGUGGUAUCGUCUGCCGGCACACCCGGACGAGCCGGUGGCACGUCAGAUCGCCGUUGCUCUCGCGCGCGGCCUUCGACUGGAUGAGGUCCAAUUAAGCGCUGCCGGGAGGGAGUGGGCGGCGCAGGGGAAGUGGGAGAACGCGCUGCAGCUCUACUAUCGUUUCCCGUUAAGUGAAUUUCAGAAGUACGCGGCGCGCAGCUUGGUGACGGCGCGGCCGGCACUCCCAACAAACAACCCAGCUGAAAAGGCAAAUAAGAGGAGUACGAUGAAGCAUCUGUCGACGGACGUUCGUGACACCCAGGCAUUCGAUGUCGUGACGGCGUUGCAUCUCCUCGUACCGGAGGGCGGUAUUCGGUACACGGCGACGUCUCCCUCACGCCCGGCGCCUCCGUUGGACGUGUUUCCAGCGUGUCUCCUCAUCGAUGCAGCGCCAGGCUGGGAAGCCGCACUGCGAGUGUUUCGCGGUUGUAUCCGCAGCGGCACGAAGUGCAGCCCGCACUUGCUGAGUGCACUUCUGCACCACACCGAUUUUCCACCAAAGGAGCUUUGCCAGGUGUUGGCGAGUUACCCGGCCGCGAUUAACGACGGCGUGCGGCGGCGUGCCAAGGAGGUCUUUGGCGUAGAAGUGCCGUGA